GUAAAAAUACAUUUUAAAGUUUUUUGUCUUGAAAGUAUUGCAAAUAUUUUUACCCUUACUUUUAGUCCAUGGCUUGCUGGAACAAUAAUGCUGUCCAAGAAAUUGAAGCCCUCAUUGAAAAAACAGUGGAUGCAAGUUCAGAUUUUUACAAUAUGUCUCAUAAAAAUAGAGGAACAGCUGUGAUAUUUAAUCACAAAUAUUUUGCAGUACAAAAUUUGGAUACGAGAUCAGGCACCAAAGUUGACCGUGACAAACUUAAAAAAGCCCUGAAGUGUUUGGGGUUUGAUGUGAAGGUGUACAAUGACUUGACUUAUAAAGCUAUAAUUAAAGUUUUAAAAGAAGUGGCAGAAGAUGAUCAUUCUGAAAGUGAUGCUUUCAUAAUGGCAGUAUUGACACAUGGAAAACCAGAUGGAUUAUAUGCAAAUGAUGGACCAUACCCACCUGAUAUACUCUGGAAGAGUUUUACUGAUGAGAAAUGCCCAACAUUGUCCAAGAAGCCCAAAAUAUUUUUUAUUCAGGCAUGUCAAGGGUAUAAAUUUGAUGCAGGAGUUACACUACAAAGAACAAAAGUAGAUAAUGAUAUUUUGUCACCCAGAAUAAGGGUAAACACUUCUGUUGAGUACAAAUUCUUUUCUGAUCCUGAUUUCCUCAUAGCAUUCUCCACAGCUCCUGGUUAUUAUUCAUGGAGGAAUACUACAAGUGGAUCGUGGUUCAUACGAGCACUUUGUACAGAGUUGAAAAAGCAGGGGGGGAAAUUGCAUUUACUUUCGCUUUUGACUGUGGUGUCUCGGCGUGUGGCCAUUGACUAUGAAUCUUAUUGCCCUGAAAACCCUACGUUUCAUAAUAAGAAGCAAAUUCCUUGUGUAUUUUCAAUGCUUACUAAAUUAUUAAUAUUUCCCAAGAAAACAAAUGAUACUAUGGCUUGUUGGAACAAUAACACUAAUAAUGAUACUGCCACUCAAGAAAAUGAAGUCCUCAUUGAAAAUUCAGGGGAUGCAAAUUCAAACUAUUAUAAUAUGUCUCAUCGAAGACGAGGAACUGCUGUGAUAUUCAAUCAUUAUUACUUUUCGAUAAAUGGAUUUAAAGCCAGAGUUGGCACUAAUGUUGACCGUGAUAAACUUAAAGAAGCCCUGAAGCACUUGGGGUUUGAUGUGAAAGUGUACAAUGAUUUGACUUGCAAUGAUUUAAUGCAGAAAGUAAGAGAAGAGGCAGAGGCUGAUCAUUCAGAAAGUGAUGCUUUUGUAAUGGCAGUGCUCACUCAUGGACAAAAAGAUUUUUUAUUUGCAAAUGAUAGAUCAUACAAAUAUGAUUUCCUCUGGACAAAUUUCACUGCUGACAAAUGUCCUUCAUUGUCAAAUAAGCCUAAACUAUUUUUUAUUGAGGCAUGCCAAAUAUCUACAUCAGAUUCAGAAGUUGUACAACAGGAACCAGAAGGAAAUGAUGAACUUCUACCAUCCAAAAGAAAUAUAAAUCUUUCUGGCGACUUCAAUUUUUUUUUUCAACCCGAUUUUCUCAUUGCAUUCUCUACAGUUCCUGGUGAUUAUUCUUUUCGAAAUAGGAAGAAUGGAACAUGGUUUAUUCAAGCCCUGGCCUCAAAAUUGAAAAAACAUGGAAGAAACUUAAAUUUGCAGUCGCUUCUGACUGAGGUUUCCCAGCAUGUAGCAUAUGGCCAUAUAUCUAAUUUUCCUGAUAAUCCUUUGCUUGAUAAAAAGAAACAAAUUCCUUGUAUUUUUUAUACACUUACAAAAUUAUUGAUAUUCUCAAAGAAACCAAAGAAUCAAGAGCAUAAUUUGACAACACACUGUAAGUGUAUUUGACCAAAUGUUCUUUUUUUUUAUUUUUUUUUUUUCAUUCGUGUACAUCUAUUAAUAUUUAGUUAUGGACUAAUCAACAAAUUUUAAACCACCUUCUAAAUAUUAUAAAAAUAUUGUUAAAUGAAAUGCAAGAUAUUAUUUUCUACGUGCAGAGGAUUACAAGCUGUAUAAGCAAAAUAACUUUCUUAACUCAGGUGCCUUAUUCAAUUUUCCUGGCUGCCUUUCAGCUUUACCAGAUUAAAUUAACUACUUGUAAUUUAAGUUCCACAUCAAUUGUUUCAAGUAUUGAGAAAAUAGUCAAAAUUAAUUAGAUUGAUAAAAGUAUUUACCUAAAUCUACUUAACAACAGUGUGCAUCUACAAUGUACUUAAGAACAAGACAAUAUCUCUCUACUGUCUCGUGUGAUUUCUGUUCAGCGUAUUUCUUAUAGCACUGAAUAGCCUUUAUGUCUUACUUCAUCACAAGAAGGAAACAUGUGACUUGCUUCCCUGAAAAUAGUGAUUAAUUACUCUGAUCUCAUGAAGAGGUGUUAAUUUUUUUAAAAAAUGUGGUGCAUUUAAAACAGGCAUUUCAUAAAUAUUUUGUUACAUUUCUAUUUAUUAGUAGGUAUGGAGGAAAGCUUUGUCUGAAGCUUAAGUGCCUUUUGAAACAAAGUAAAAUUUAGGUAAGACAAGCUGUUUAUUUUUAGCAAACUUUUUCUAAUGUAAAUGAAUAUUGACUGAAGAAGUGAUUUCAAUAAAAUACGUAAAAUGACGAUAAAAAAUAAGGCAAAUUCAAUUCAAUUUCAAAAACGGCACUCUAAUUGGAGGAGUUACACGAAUUAUAAUGAAAAUGUGCUCAAGUGUGUACAAAAAUUAAUUUGAGUCAACAGUGUAAAUGGUCCUGUGCUUCCAUUUGUGUUGCCUUUUAUAUAUUGUGUAAAUGUACAACUACAGCUAAAUCCUAUGAGCUCUCCUGAAGUUGUUUUCUAGUACAAAUGAAAGAUCUUUGAAGUUCCAUUUCCUCGAAUUCUUAUUUAAUUUUUUAUUUCAAAUGCACUAGUAAGUGGAUCAGUCUCUUUUUCUAGGGGUAAGCAAUGGCUGGCUGCAUUACAUAAUUAUCGAUUUCACUGUAAUCAUUGCUUAUUUUUCUAUGUUCAUCGCUUAUUUUUGUUAAACUUUAACAGAACUUUGAGUUAUUGUGUUUUAGAGUUAAUUAUGGGUAGCUAAAGUGCUUUACAUUUUUGAAAACAUGACCCUUAAUUUCAACUACUUGCUAUUGAUGAAAAUAAUCUAUGAAGAAAUGUCCAUAAAUAUAUCUGAAAUUGUAUUGGCACCUUGACCUAUAAUUGGACAAUAAAGAUGGAGACUUGCAGCUAAGGGACUUUCAUGGAACCACAAUUCAUCGAUACAAGUUCAGUAAAAAUAUUCAGGCAAGAACUCUUUAGAAACGAGUUAGAUAUUCCAAACUUUAUAUUCUUGCCUAUUCCCAGAAAAAAAAACGUUUCAUAAACUAUAACUUUAUGAAAUUGCACUGUUAGGUUUGUACACAAGUAUUGUGACACGUUGAGUGUUCUACAUAAUUUUGGGAGAGAUUCACAUUUGCUGUAGUUACUGAAUGUAAAUGAUUUGUGAUAGUGGUCUUUAAAUAUUGUGAGUUGCAAUCAUUUUUUAUAUUUAAUUAAUGAUUAUUGUUAUUGUAAAUGAAGAGUUUUAUGAAAAUGUAUAUUUUAUAAACAUUGUUUUUGUUCAUAUACCUUGUAAAAAAAAAACCUAAUUAAAUUUUUUAUCA